AUGUCAAAAUUGAGUUUCCAGAAGUUUUACGGUAGCUUUUCAAAGAAGCCAACCUCUCCCCCAAAAAAUCUAGCCCAGAAGAACAAAAGCUAUAACUCGAGACAAACGUCGCAUGCAGACACGAGUAAUGAGCCAAUGAAAGAUGAAAUGAAAUAUGUUUUUGAAAAAUUUGACAAAAACAAAGAUGGGAAAAUUAGUCUUGAAGAGUACAAAGCAGCUGCAAAGUCUUUGGAUAAAGGUGUUAGUGACACAGAGGCACUGAAAGCCUUCAGAGCCAUGGAUUCUGACAAAGAUGGUUUCAUAGUCUUUAAAGAGUUUAUGGAAAUGUUCAAUGGAGAGGGUAGUAACACAAAAGAAGAUGAAAUUAAGAGUGCUUUUCAAGUAUUUGAUAUAAAUGGUGAUGGGAAAAUUAGUGCUGAAGAAUUGUCUCAAAUUUUGAGGAGGUUAGGUGAAAGUUGUAGCCUUAGUGCUUGUAAGAAAAUGGUGAAAGGCGUCGAUGGGGAUGGAGAUGGUUUUAUAAACUUGAAUGAGUUUACAAGGAUGAUGAUGAAUGGGAAGAAAUUGGCCUAA